UUGUGAUAGUGGCAAAUCAAUGCCCUGCGUUUUUGAUGACAAAAGAAUGAUAGUUUUGUGAUAAGACUUUGUUUCAGCACAAAUUCGAGCACAAAGUAGCAGAUCCUACAGCACUUGAGCACAGUAUUGCGGGCGAAAAGAACGGUUGCAAAAUGUUUCUGGCCAUUUUGGGUACAGCAGUGGCAUCGCUGGUUAUUUUGUAUUAUUAUUUAACUUGGCAUUUCGACUAUUGGAAGAAUCGCGGUGUAAUCGGACCAACACCAAUACCAUUUGUUGGUACAUUCCCCAAGUCAGCCGUCUAUUUGCAGAAUUUCCUUUAUGAUCAGGAUAAAAUUUAUCGCGAAUACCGUGGCAAAGCGCCAUUCAUUGGAGUAUUCAGCUAUCGCUUGCCUGAGCUGUUGAUUCUGGAUCCAAGUUUGGUGAACGAGAUUUUUGUGGGAAAAUUCAAAAAUUUUCAUCUCAACUAUACGAACUACAAUAAAGAAAAUGCACGGUUAUUCUCACGAAACCCAUUUGUGUUGCGCGAUGAAGAAUGGAAGGAUAACAGAGCUGACAUCUCACCUGCGUUCACCACAGCUAAGACGAGGCUCACAUAUCCAGUGAUGAAAGAGAUGUGUAGUCGCUUGACGAAAUUUAUCAAAACCGAAAUCGCUAGUGGUAAACCGAUGAUGGAUACAAAAGAGAUUACGGUAAAAUUCACGGCCGAUGUGAUAUGCAGUGUGGCAUAUGGUCUCGAGGCAAAUGCAAUUGCCGACAAUAGUUCGGAAUUUUUGCAAGUAUCACACAAGCUAUUCACACCGUCUUAUUGGAAAUUGUGGUUCAUCACAUUCAAAUCUGUCUUCCCAUACCUAUUCAAAUACUAUGAAAUGCCGUUUGUGACCAAAGAAAUUGAAAAGUACUUUAUCGGUCUGACCAACGAAGCCGUUCAAUUGCGUCGACAACUCGCUACCAAACCCGAUGAUUAUCUCAAUUUCUUGCUAAGGUUACAAGAAAAACGCAAUUAUGGUAUAACCGAUGUGGCGUCCAACACAAUUACAUUCUUUCUUGACGCAUAUGAGACCACUAGCAUCAUUCUAACACAUGCACUCUAUCGCUUGGCACAAAAUCCACACUGUCAAACCAAAUUACGUCAAGAGAUCCGAGACUGCAACGGCAAUAUCGAUUUUGAAGUGCUUAGCAAUUUAGAGUAUUUGGAUCAUGUGUUUAAUGAAACACUUCGAAUCAGCCCACCUGGCUUUACAAUUACCAAAGUAUGCACCGAACCGAUCGAGUUGGAAAAUUAUAAUGGAAAACCGUUGACAAUUGAAAAGGGAAUGGUCGUUCAAAUACCCAUCUACUCCAUUCACAAUGAUCCAGACAUCUUUUCCAGUCCACACGAAUUUGACCCACACCGUUUCGAUGGCGUCGAUUUGAAAAUGCUACGCGAUGAAGGGAAAUUCUUUCCAUUCGGUCAUGGACCAAGAAUGUGCUUGGGUAUGCGAUAUUCAACGUUGAAAAUCAAAGCGGCCAUUGCAGAAAUUGUUAGCAAUUUCGAAAUCAGCGUUAAUCCACGCACAAAAGAACCCGUCAUUGUGAAACCAAAAGAUUUUCUGUAUUUGCCAGUUCAUGACAUUUUCUUGGAUUAUAAAGUGAUUGCAGAGAAUUAGUCGAUUGGUUGAUCGAAAUCAAGUUUAAAUAAAAAGAAUUACAUUGGUAAUCCCGAACUUUUCCGUACCGAUGGCCUGCGUUGUCUGUAGGUACUUUUGGUUUUUUUGUGAAUUUUCUUGAAAUAAAGGCAGCGAAAAUAUAAUAAUAAAAAUAAAGUGAAAAA